AAAGCAUUGCGGCGGUGGCUCUCGUUCUGCCAGUCAAGAUGGAGUUGUAUCUGGACCUUCGCUCGCAGCCCUGCCGCUCCCUGUUCAUGUUCGCCAAGGUCAACGCCAUUCCCUUUGAAUUCAAGCUGGUGGACCUGGCUAAAGGGGAGCAGUAUGGCGAAGAGUUCGGAAAGAUCAGCCCGAUAAGGAAAGUUCCGGUCAUGAAGGACGGCGACUUUGUCCUCACGGAAAGUGUGGCCAUCCUUCAGUACCUAGCUGAGAAGCAUGCGUCCUUCCUUCCUGACCACUGGUACCCGGCCGACCUGCGACAGCGGGCGCGGGUCAAUGAGUACCUGUCCUGGCAGCAGAUGAACCUGCGAGCCCAUGGGUCAAAGGUCUUCCUGCUGAAGUGUGUGUGCCUCUGCCAGAACAUGUACCCGCUAGUGAUGGGCCACGAGGUCCCCGAAGACAAAAUGUCGUCGGCCGUGGAGGAGCUGACCCAGGCUGUGGACGUCUUGGAGAAGUAUUUCCUGGGUGAAAGCUUGUUCCUGUGUGGCGCCUCCAUCUCGUUGGCUGACCUGGUGGCCAUGGCUGAGAUCAUGCAGCCGGUGAGCAGCGGCGUGGACGUCUUCUCGGAGCGUCCCAAGCUGUCGGCGUGGCGCGAGCGCGUGAAGAAGGAGGUGGGCGUCGCGCUCUUCGACGAGGUUAACGCCGCCAUCAUGACGAGUGGCGGCGUGGCGCAGACGCUGCGCGAAGGAGGACUGCCCCAAAUCUUCAAGGACAAAUUCAAGAAAACUUUCUUGUGAAUGCCAAUAAAAACAUCAGAACAAACGCUAUUUUUCUAAAGACUCAUUACGAUCAUACGACCACAUAAUGGCGCUCUUUCAGAUGCUGUCUGUCUUGAUACAAAACUUUAACACCGAAGGCCCGGUACACACACAAAGACAAUCGGACUAUUUUUGUGCAAAUUUCGCGCCUGGCCGUGGAUGUCGAACGCUGGACUAUUUUAUAUCUUAUAAGAUUAUCCUUUGGUUUGAGGUGUGUUUUGAGUGGCUUUGUAAUGAUAAUAGGGUCCAAAAGGGGUCGGUGCUGACUAUAUUAAAUAUUAAACGUGUUCAGUUUUUACGACCAAAAAUCUUCGUGUGGCAAAAGACUAUUUGCCGAGUCAUGAUGCCGAGAACCGUGAUGUGGAACGCAAUCAAGAAGCACUCUGACUCAAGAUCAGGAAGCCAACAUGUCUUGUCCGAUGUUGUUGUUUGCUGGUAUAAAAGUUAUUAUUUUCUACAAAAGAUUUUUUUUCUAAAUAAUGUUAACGUUUUUGCAAUGUAUUUGAAUGUUUUUUAAUU